AUGUCUACUUCUUGUAUUCAAAAUUACGCGAAGGGUUCAAGUUUGAGCGGCGCGUCUUCGUCUUCUUCGUUUUCUUCUUCGUCUUCAAAGUCGAAGAAAAUUUCGAGCAGAAAAGUUGGCGCCGUCGCGUCGUCGUUCUCGAAUGAAGGAGGACGAGGAAGCCUGGCUGCUCGGUAUCGCAACAACAACACGUGCGAACGAACGACGAAGGGUUUAACGAGGACGAGGAGAAAGAAUGUGAAUGUUAUCACGAGAGCGCACAACGCGAACGACGCGACCACUACAACGAUUACGGGAACCGGAGGUGGUCACCACCUCACCUCCAAAGAGGAGGUAUUGAAAGGCCAAACGAAGAGGCCGAUUAAAGCCAACACGGGUAUUUUGGAAGAUUUAGAAGGAUACGUCGCCUCGAAAACGAAAAACCGGAACGUGUACGUAGAAACGUACGGGUGUCAAAUGAACGUAAACGAUAGCGAGGUCAUGAUGUCGGUGUUGAACGAUAACGGGUUCACGGAAACGAAGGACAUAAACGACGCGAACGUAAUUUUAAUCAACACGUGCGCGAUAAGAGAUAAGGCAGAGGCGAAAAUUUGGCAGCGAUUGGCGUAUUUCAGAAGUCUUGGGAAACCAAAAAAGAAAACGGAACGACCAGUAGUUGGGGUGUUGGGGUGCAUGGCGGAACGAUUGAAGACGCAGUUGUUGGAGGAGGAUCAGUUGGCGGAUAUAGUCGCCGGACCAGACGCGUACAGAGAUUUGCCGAAUUUAAUCGAUACAGUGCAUAAUACCGGAAAUAAAUCUAUGAACGUUCAGUUAUCGGUAGAAGAGACGUACGCCGACGUCAUUCCUGUGAGACCGGACGGUACGCACUCGGCGUUUGUGACGAUUAUGCGGGGGUGCGAUAACUGCUGCACGUUUUGCAUCGUCCCGUACACGAGAGGCCAAGAACGGUCGAGAGAUUUGGCGAGUAUUUUAUACGAAGUGCGCGUUUUGAGCGAACAAGGGGUGAAAGAGGUGACUUUGCUCGGGCAAAAUGUGAACUCUUAUUACGUGGAUACGAAUAAAUCGGAGGAUUUUUUGAGUUCUUUGAAGGAAGGGAACAUCGUCGGGAACAAUUCAAUCGAAGCGAUUUUGAACAUUAACAACGCCAGAGAGGAAUUGAAUAUGAAAAAUGCUGCUGGAUUGGCGGGUGAAGACCCGGCGAAGUUCAAUGGGUACGCGGCUGGGUUUGAAUCUCGAUAUGACGCUGGUCGUAAGAGAGAAGGAAAGGUGCAAUUCGCAGAACUGCUCGAUCGCGUCGCGCAAGUCGAUCCGGAAAUGCGCAUUCGAUUCACCUCUCCGCACCCGAAAGAUUUCCCGGACGAUGUUCUCAACGUCAUUCGCGAUCGACCAAACGUAUGCAAGUGCUUACACAUGCCCGCACAAAGUGGCUCUACGGCGACGCUCGUGCGCAUGCGAAGAGGCUACUCGCGAGAGGCGUAUUUGGAUUUAGUCGACCACGUGAAAGAAGUCAUUCCAGACUGCGCGAUAACGACCGACAUCAUAUCUGGUUUUUGCGGCGAAACCGAGAAGGACCACGAAGAUACGGUUUCGCUCAUGAACAUUGUUGGUUACGAACAGGCGUUCAUGUUUGCGUACUCCGAACGAGAUGGUACGGCGGCGGCGAGACAUUUGGAGGACGACGUCCCGGAAGACGUCAAACAAAACAGAUUAGCGGAAGUCAUCGAGGCGUUCCGAACGCAGGCGCAAAAGAAGCAAGAGCAAGAAAUUGGUUCCGUUCAUUGCGUGCUGAUUGAGGGACCAUCGAAAAAGAACGAAAACGAGUGGACUGGAAAGACAGAUUCAUCUAAAUGGGUCGUUUUUGACAACACGAAAAAAUACGGCGGAUACAACGGCGGCGACGAGGACGAAGGCGACGCCAAACACGAGUUGAAAGCGGGCGAUUACAUCGCAGUUCAAGUGACUGGUUGCUCUACCGGAACACUCUUUGGCAAAUGCCUAGGGAAAACAACGCUCAUGGCGUUCCAUGCUAUGCAUGGUAGUCAACGCGUAGCUCCGAAGAGCACAGCCGCCGCCGGCGCUCGGUGA